AUGGCAGACGUGUUAGACAUCGAAAAUUCGGAGGAAUUCGAGGUUGACGAAGACGGUGAACAGGGAAUUGCUAGGUUGAAGGAAAAGGCGCGUAAACGCAAGGGCCGUGGUUUCGGAAACGAAGGUGGAGGCGGAGGUGCCUCCGAGAGAGGCAGCAGGGGAAGAUAUGACAGUCUCGCGCCAGAAGGUGAUGGUAGCACACCAGGUCCUCAAAGGUCAGUCGAAGGGUGGAUACUGUUUGUCAGCAAUGUACACGAAGAGGCCCAAGAAGAGGACAUACAGAAUCAAUUCUCAGAAUUUGGCGAGAUAAAAAAUAUCCACUUAAACUUGGACAGGCGUACUGGUUUCCUCAAAGGCUAUGCCUUAGUAGAGUACGAGACUUACAAACAAGCAGCUAGUGCCCGUGAAGCUCUGAAUGGUGCUGAUAUACUGGGACAGUCGAUAUCAGUGGACUGGUGCUUCGUCAAAGGCCCUACAAAAGGACACAAGAAGAGGCGAUAG